GGAAGUGGCUGUGGGGCAAGAUGCGUGCUGGCCGGCUCUGCGGCUCCGAGGGUUUGGAAGUUAGCGGCUGGAGGGGUCCCGCCCGGGUUCGGUGUCCGUCGCGUCUCCUCGCGCGCUUCCCGGUCCGCGCUGUGCCGCCUCCCGCCCUCGGGCAGCGUGCGGAGCUCUCGAAGUACCCUGGAGGUCCUCGGCAGACUUUUAAGAAGAUACAGAAGGUCGAGGAAAGGGGCCUUUUAAGCUUUUCUGGCCCUCAAUGGCUGCAGAAUCAAGAAAGCCUUCUUCGGCCCCAUCUCCACCAGACCAAUCUCCUGAAGAGGACCUUGUCAUUGUCAAGAUCGAGGAGGAUCAUGGUUGGGAUGAAGAAUCGAGUGUGCAUGAAAAUAACACACCUGGACAAGAGCUGUUUCGCCUGCGCUUCAGGCAGCUCUGCUACCAGGAGACAUUAGGGCCCCGGGAAGCUCUGAUCCAGCUCCGUGCACUUUGCCAUCAGUGGCUGCGGCCAGACUUGAACAGCAAGGAGCAGAUCCUGGAGCUGCUGGUGCUGGAACAGUUCCUGACCAUCCUGCCAGGGGAGCUGCAGACUCUGGUUAAGGAACACCAGUUGGGGAAUGGAGAGGAGGUGGUGACCCUGCUGGAAGACUUGGAAAGGCAGAUUAAUGUCCUAGGACAACCAGUCUCAGCUCAUACGCAGGGGCACAGAGUGCUCUGGGAGGAAGUCAUACCUUCAGAACCUGCACCAGAACCUUCAGGUGUUCAGCUCCAACCCAUGGCAACCAUGCAUAAAUCUCCAGUGUUCCAGAAGCCACAGGACAGAGGAGAGAGGCCAAAUUUCACUUAUAAGGCCAUGUCUACUUCUCAGAGUCCUACUCCUUCCCACAAAGGAAGUUCUGGAGAUCAGGAGGUGACAGCUAGACUUCUCACUGCAGGGUUCCAGACUUUGGAAAAGAUCGAAGACAUGGCUGUGUCUCUUAUUCGAGAGGAGUGGCUUCUUGAUCCAUCACAGAAGGAUCUGAAUAGAGAUAGCAGGCCCGAGAAAUACAGAAACAUGUUCUCCCUGGAUGGUGAGACCAGACUUGAGGACAAGGAAUUAUUUUCAAAACAGGUAAUAUCUACCAGAAUCCAGCCACAUGGAGAGUCAGCUGCCAAGUGCAACGGGGAUGUUAUCGUGGGUCUUGCACAUGGAGAAUCCCGAGAUCUGGGCAGAUUAGAGAGGCAGCAGGGAAAUCCCACACAGGAGAGACGGCACAGAUGUGAUGAGUGUGGGAAAAGCUUCGCUCAGAACUCGGGCCUUGUCCGCCACUGGAGAAUCCACACUGGAGAGAAGCCCUAUCAGUGUAACGUGUGCAGUAAAGCCUUCAGUUACAGAUCAGCCCUCCUUUCCCAUCAGGACAUCCACAACAAAGUAAAGCGCUAUCACUGCAAAGAGUGUGGAAAGGCCUUCAGUCAGAACACGGGCUUGAUCCUGCACCAGAGAAUCCACACCGGGGAGAAGCCUUAUCAGUGUAACCAGUGUGGGAAGGCCUUCAGUCAGAGUGCAGGCCUUAUUCUGCACCAGAGGAUCCACAGUGGGGAGAGACCAUAUGAAUGUAGUGAAUGUGGAAAAGCUUUCAGUCAUAGUUCACACCUCAUUGGACAUCAGAGAAUUCACACUGGGGAGAAACCCUAUGAGUGUGAUGAAUGUGGGAAAACCUUCAGACGAAGUUCACAUCUUAUUGGCCAUCAAAGAAGCCACACAGGGGAGAAGCCCUACAAAUGCAGUGAGUGUGGGAGGGCCUUCAGUCAGAAGUCAGGCCUUAUUGAACACCAGAGAAUCCAUACGGGGGAACGGCCCUAUAAGUGCAAAGAGUGUGGGAAAGCUUUCAAUGGGAACACUGGCCUCAUCCAGCAUCUGAGAAUACAUACAGGGGAGAAGCCCUAUCAGUGCAGUGAGUGUGGGAAAGCCUUCAUUCAGAGAUCAAGUCUCAUUCGACAUCAGAGGAUCCACAGUGGAGAAAAGCCUGAAACCCCAGGAGUUUAGGGAAAGCUUUCGUUAUAGUUUGAGCAUUAUUCAGCAUUAGAGAAACUAUGUAGUAGUGGGAAAGUCUAGUGAAAGGGGGCAGAGUCUGUAGUGGUAACAAAGCUGAGUAGCACGUGGGUAGUUUGGGCUCAGUCCCUGAUAAGAGCUGAUUAGCUUGACUGUCUUUGGAGGAUUUGAUGAUGCAGAGCCCCAGCAGCUCUAUGUUUUGUCUCUCCCAUGAGGAGCUGUUAAGUUCGAGAGGGACCACUCCUAGCUUCUCUGUUUCUUCCCGUUUCCUAUGGUCGCUUUCUGUCAUCCCUCUGAAGGUGCCCUUGUAAAUCCUAAUCUAAGAAGCUGCUUGAGUCCAAGGCAACCUCAGUGAGACUAAGAUUUGUACCUAGCUUCCUAAUACCCUACGUAGAGGGAAAUUGUUGGUCAUUUAAAUACUCAUAGAUAGAUAGAAAUCCAUAUUCCUCUACAAACUCAAUGCUAUAGUUUUAACAGCACUCUAGAACUUUUCUUCAUUUAGCACCUUUGCUGACUCCAUUGAAUCCCUGAGCAUCUGUACAUAUCCUUCACCACCCCCAGUCUCAGUACCUGUGCCAACAAAGGAAGUGGACGUAUUAGUGAUGAUGGUAGGAGUGACGGAAAGAACAAGGUGAGUGGAGACUCAGCCUGGCUAUUCUUGAGCAUGCACAGUUGUACCUCAAGGUGACUUCUGACUCUCCUGCCACCUCCACUGUGCUUUGGAAAAUAUUUGCACUAUCAAAGUUUUGGUACCACAUAGGAGACAGGAGCUUGAAAAAGACAUUAAAAAUCUUUACCAAUAAUAGACACCAUCCUUUUUUUGGCCCAUUAGGGUACUUAUCAGUCUAUAUAAACUCACUGACUACAUGGUUAGCCUGGACCAACUUUCUCAGAUAGCCUUUGCAGCUCUAUCAUCAUCUUCCAUCUGUUUCCUCCAUUUGCAUAUCUUCAGUAUCCAUAGUGGUAAUCUGUCAAAUACCUCACUUCUGAUUCCUCAUUCUUCUGAAUUCUGGCACACUCCAUCAGUCCUCUAACAAAGAAACACUCAUUGUCACCAGGCACUGUAUUUCACCUCUGAAGCCUCAGCAAAACAUAGGAUCCUGUGUAAAGUAAUGAGGAUGUUUUAGAAUAACACACCAGAUCCUGUGCAUCUAAAAUAUAGUGUCUUCUCAGUUAAGUAAUUAUACUUAUUACUUAAUAAAUACUUGUUAAAAUACAUAUUUUAAAGUACUAUUUUUCUAGUAGUGCUACUAGUCCUCCAAAUAUUGGGAACUAUCUUAGAAUUCUUAUUUAAUUAGGAGCAAGAAAACCAUCUUGUGUUUGACCAUUUGGUUAGAUAGUAGGCUCGGAGCUGAAUAACUUUUUCUUUACAACAUUAACCCUCACACUUAAAAUUAUUCCAUUAAUCUUACUCAGUAGACACAUAAGUAGGUUCUGAUGACAUCUCUGGAG